AAAAAAGUGAUUAAGCCUUUCCAAACCUGAGCCUCACGCGCCGGCGCCGCCUAUGGUAUUGGGUAUUGGUUUGCAUGAAUCGCAACCAUUUCACAUGUAUUAGAUUCAUUCAUGUUGAGAUAAACUGAGACAAAGGGAUUAGGGUAUAUCUGAUUCCCACUCCAGAGCAGAAGGUGGCGGUAUAACCACCAAUAAACUGGAUACCAACCACAGUCUAUGAUACCAACUAAUGUAAACAGAGACAAAAAUCAAUCUACUUUUAAAUGUUCACGGUUGUAAAGAUGUGAAACAACAAACAUGGCUUGAACAAUAAGGCAUGCUACAUUAUUGACUGCUCUUGGACACUUCCAUGGAUGUAUUAAGAGAACUCUGCCAUGGUUUGAUUUUGACCGCGAUCUGGCGGGAAAGGGUUUCCCCUGCAUCCUGUGUGCACUCGCGAUAUUUGGGCAUAACCGUAAACUUAACCAUCAUCAUCGCGAGAGAGGAUCAUUGAGACAAUAAAGACCGUUGGCGAAAGUUGGAGGAGGUAAGCAGAACACAUUGUCAUCUAACUGUGAAGCUGUUAAUAAAUGUCAUCAACUGCUAGUCCAUGAGCGAUAUUGUGGUAACGUUGAUAGUUAAUUUGUUAUUUAGUGUUAUUUUUUAUCUCACUUAAAAAGCCGAAUGAGCCGACAAACAUGCUAAAGCUAACGUCGUUAACUAGCUAGUCUGUGUAACUGCCAGUUAGGGAGAUGGUUCAAAUAUAGGAUAUCAGGAUUGAAAACUAAAGGACGGUAGCAUUACCCUGGGAAAGUUAAACGGAAAGUGUGCUACCCCAGGCGCUUAUAUAUGUCAGUAAUAUCAGCCCCUUUUACAAAGGAAUGUUGCGCCGUUAUUCGUCUGCGUCACGUACAUUAGCUGCCAAGCUAGCUGCCAUGCGGAGCUAGCUGCCAUGCGGAGCUGACUGCCACUGUGGUUUUCGCUCUGCAGUUAAUGUUACGUGACGGAUGCCGCUCUGCCAGUGUCGGUAGUCGCACUCUCUGUCUGAUAAGGGGACUGAUAAGGUUUGGUGUAAAAAAAAGCAGGUUCUCUGUAACUUAACUUUCAUUGGUCUCUCAAUUUUUCACAGCAAUUUGUGACUGCAAAAGUUCCUGUGGCUGCUGUCCGUAGUUGGUUAACUAAUCUUGCUCUAUUGUGGGUUGACCUGUUUCUAGCAGUCACAAAAGUGUAUCACUCUAUAUAAAAAUAAAGGCUUUGAUAUAACCAUAAGUCUGCAGAUAAAAUACAAUGCUAAUAACCAUAGUAAGUGGGGCUCAUGUGUGCUAAAUACAACAGGUAAUACAAAUAAAUAAAUAGGAGAAGCAGACAUUUGUCAGUUUUAGUAGCCUCAUCAACUGAAUAAAUUAGCCCCAGAAGUGAGGUUGAAGUCAUGCAAAUGUACAUUUUAUGUUUUGUUUUAAUUAAGCUCUUUAUGUGUUUUUUGUCUCAGAUCAAUGGACGAUGUUGUGUGUGACACGUUGACACAGUGGCAGUUGACAGACGUUAUUGAUAGAUUUAAAGAAGAGGGAAUUGACGAGGAGAGUUUUCUUCUUUUAGACGAGGGGACCAUCAGCCAAUUGAUUCCAAAAGCUGGCCCCAGGCUUAAGUUCCUCAAAAAAUGUAGAGGACUUAUUGAACCUGCUGUGCCACCUACAAGUCCUGAUGUCCAACCAACUGCCACAACUCCACCCUCCAUGGAGGACCAAACGGCACCUGUCGUACCAGCGAUGAUACCUCAAACACUACAUAUAAUUCCACAAUUUGAUAUCCGCCAGAUUCUCACAGGCUCAACUGAAGGCAAGCUGAUCCUGGGGAGCCUUGAUGAGGAUGUGAUCAUCCCUUCGCAAAGAAAGUGCCUUGUCCGUAUUUUGGUGUCUCACCUCAUGGAGAAGUUUGGAGAGAGUCCUACCAGUGAGACAAAAAAGGCCUUGGCUGCAGCUUUGAUUCAUGGGUUUCCCUCCUUGAAGGACGAGUCGGACUCAAGCAGUGGCUUCGGAUACUGGUUCACCCCAGGACGGAACCGCCGCCCAGCCACUGGAUUCCUCGAAGAGAGGCUUCGGAACGUCAGAAAGAGGAUGAGAAAACCGGCCAGGUCACAGAGCACGCAGCAGACACCACCACAAAGUAGUGAAGCUGGCACUCGUAGGACAUUCAUACCAGAAUGUACCAUAUCGGAAGAAAGAGCCAUACAGUGUAAAGAAUGGCUGAAACACAAUUCGCAGCCCCUCAACCAGGUGGAGCAAUACAUGCAGGAUACAGCAGUGUACAGGGCCAAGUCUUUAAGGGAAAACGGGUGGGACAUUCAAGGGAUCCGCCAAGAGUUCCCACAUCUAUUCACUCCAGGCAUGAUUGCACAGGACUUUCAGAUCCUACAUGGAGAGGCUGCGCCUAAGCUCUUCGAAACCUGGCUACCUUUGUUUAAAGACAAGAUCCUGCACCUGGCGAGACGGGAAGGGAAACUUAUCUCGUCGCUUGAUGGAUUAACACCCGAUUGUUUGGGGGAACUUGCUCUGAGCCAGUUACCAACACUGCUUCCACCAACUGUCUACAGGGUUGGCCGAAAAGUGUUCCGGUACACUAUCGAGGAGUCUAAGUUGGCCUUCAUUGAUCAUAAGCCUGUUGGAACAAACUUGGUGGAGUACCUCCAUGAGGCGAAGGUGUCAAGACCUUACCCAUAUGUCCUGUCCCUGGGAAACGAUAUUUGGCACACCUCUCAGGCGUUCGUUAUUCUUGAUGGGGAGGCGUUGGAACAAAACACAUUGCUUCAGGCAGUAGAUGUCUGUUUCAAGGUAUUCUAUAUCUUUGACAUCGACUACACAAAGCAGUGUGAAGCUGUAUGGAAAUUCCUCCAAAAUGCAGUGUACGAAAUCAAGGGAGGAGAGGAGUCAAAACCUGCUACGUCCUUGCGUGCAGCAAUACUUGCUUGCAAGUAGACUUGUGGUCUUGAUCCUUUUAUUUUCUUCUGCUGGUCCUCCUGUUCUAUUCUCUCUCUUCUGCUGCUUGGCUCAGAGUAGGGUUCUAUCUGGUUAAAUUAAAUAUUGCUGGAUUUGUGAAGUGUGUGUGUGUUAUGUUCAAAAUACUACCUAAUGCUCAAAGUAUUUUAUGAGCAAGUUGUGUGCUAAAAAAAGAGCUAAAUGGUGGAAGCAUAAAUUGUUAAAAUGUUUAUUUGCACAUCUUAGUUUCCUGUAGUUCGGAUCACCUAAAGGAGCAGUACAUUGUUGUGAUCAUGUUGGAGGAUUUUCUUUGUAACGUUUACAUAGCCAGUAUAUGAACCAGUCAUUUCUGAAAAAACGUAUGUUGCUAUUAGUGGUUCUCAAACCAGAGCUUGUAGAUCUGCUAAUGUGUGUUGUUUACAGGCUGUACUGUACAUGCAUAAAUGUUAAGUUUUGUUUAAAGAAAGUUUUGCACUUUAUUGUGAACUGAAUAUGUUUGCACUUUAUUGAACUGUCAAUUGUUAUAACAAUAAAAUGAAUAUUUUUCUAAGAUUCCAA